CCCAUUUAUUUACAGAUAAGUACAAGGCGGCAGGCGCUCUUGUUCCCGUAUCAUCAGCUCAUCUCUGCUGGGUGCUGAUUGCUGAUCGUUCCCGUCAUUCGUAAUAUUAAAAAAUUGUUUUCGAAAACAAAAACAUUUUAAUUAUUCAUCGUGAUGGCCAGCCAAACUCAAGGAAUCCAACAAUUGUUGGCUGCUGAAAAGAGGGCCGCGGAAAAAGUUGCCGAAGCUAAGAAACGCAAAGCAAGACGUUUAAAACAAGCUAAAGAAGAAGCUCAAGAUGAAAUUGAAAAAUACAGACAAGAAAGGGAAAAACAAUUCAAGGAAUUUGAAAUUAAACACAUGGGUUCCCGGGAGGAUGUUGCUGCUAGAAUAGAUGCUGACACUAAAAUAAAGAUUGAAGAAAUGAAUAAGGCUGUAAUUGUUAAUAAACAGGCAGUCAUUGAUCAAAUUCUUGAACUGGUUUAUGACAUCAAACCAGAGUUGCACAAAAAUUUUAAAGCUACAGCUAACAAAGAAUGAUAUGUGUGUGUCAUAGUAUUUUUCUUUUUUUUUUCAAUUCCAUAUAAGAAAUAUAAAGGUGUACAAAUUUAAUUUUGGUUUUAGUUUUCGUUUCACUGAAACAUUCCAUAUGUUGUUCAAUUUUAUAGUGUAUUAUUAUCAUGAUUAUUUAUUUGUUUAGGAUUUCAAUAUUAAAGUGUUAAGAACAUAUUUUGUUUUGUUUUCGGAUGUCUAAAAAAAAUGUAAUCAUAUUACUAUUGUUCCAUGUUAAAUAAAAUGCUGUGUUAUUUUUUCUGGUAUAAA